AUGUUUGGCACGACAAAUUCAAAAGCUGACGAGGUGAUGGAUUCACUCUGGCUUGCGGCAUCGCAAGACUUAUUCGGCAUCGUGCCAUUUCUGGUGACCGCCGGAGUAGUCUUGUUGACUGCCUUCAUAUAUCAAGUCUCGUUCUCCACCGACAUCCCUCACAUCAAAGGCCUGCCCGAGAUACCCGGCGCAGUGCCCAUCUUCGGCCACCUCCUCAAGCUCGGCGAGGACCACGCCACUGUCUGCGAGAAAUGGUGGCGGCAGUACGGCCACUCGGUCUUCCAGGUAAAGCUGGGAAACACAAGGGCGGUGGUGGCGAACUCAUUCGACGACUGCAAAAAGAUGCUGCUCGGGAACCAGAACGCCCUGGUCGACCGGCCGAAGCUGUACACCUUCCACGGCCUCAUCAGCAGCACGCAGGGGUUCACCAUCGGCUCGUCGCCGUGGGACGAGUCCUGCAGGAAGAAGCGCAAGGCAGCCGGGGCGGCGCUGGGGAGGCCCGCGCUGAGGAACUACCACGCCAUGUUCGACCUGGAGAGCUACUGCAUCCUGCGCGACCUGAGGAGGGACGGCGGCGGCGGCGAGGCCGAGCUUGACGUGCGGCCUUAUAUCCAGCGCUACGCCCUGAACACGACGCUGACGCUGUGCUACGGCAUCCGCAUGGACAGCGUCUACGACGAGCUGCUGCGCGAGGUCCUCCAGGUCGGCUCUGCCAUCUCCCUCCUCCGCAGCGCGUCCGAGAACUACCAGGACUACGUGCCCAUCCUGCGGUGGGCGCCCAACAACGAGAAGAGCGCCCGCGGCAGGGAGCUGCGCGCCAGGCGUGACGCGUAUCUGGGCCUGCUCCUCGACAAGGUCCGGGCCAUGAUCCGCGAGGGCACCGACAAGCCGUGCAUCUCGGCCGCCAUCCUCAGGGACGAGGAGACCAGGCUCGCCGGCGCCGAGGUCUCGUCCAUCUGUCUGUCGCUGGUGUCUGGUGGCUUUGAGACGAUCCCCGGCACCCUCACUUCUGCCAUCGGAUCUCUCUCGACGCCGGAGGGCCAGGUCUGGCAGGAUCGCGCCUACGAGGACAUCAGGCGAUGUUAUCCUGAUAUGCGUGAUGCCUGGGCGGAUAGCUUCAUCAAGGAGGAGGUUCCGUACCUCAACGCCAUCAUCAAAGAGGCCGGGCGGUACUACACGGUCAGCUCCAUGAGCCUUCCGAGAAAGACAGUGACAGCGGUCAACUGGAACGGCGCCGUGAUCCUGCCCAAGACGAUGGUCCUGAUCAAUGCACAGGCAGGAAACCAUGACGUGAGUCAUUUUGGAGCGGAAGCGGGCAGGUUCGACCCCGAAAGAUGGCUGAAGGGCAUCGACCCACCCGAGGAGCGCGACAUGACCGGCCUACAACACCUCAGCUUCGGCGCCGGCUCCCGCGCUUGUUCCGGCCAGGUCAUCGCAUCCAGGCUUCUGUAUACAGCUCUGCUGAGGCUCCUAUCCGCCUACAAGAUUGUGGCUAGUGAUGACGCACCGCCCAACACUGACUAUGUGGAUUACAAUGAGGUGAAGUCGGCGCUGGUGGCGAUCCCCAGGCACUUCAAGGUUAAGCUCAUCCCGCGCGACCCUGAGAAGACUGCCGAGUGCCUGCAUCUGGCGGAGGAAAGGACUAGUGAGCAUUAUAAAGAGUAG